CGUAUAAUAGUGCCUAAUUGUUUUUGUCAUUUAUAAGUGUAACCUAGAAGAUAAACGUGAUACAGUGGUGGCGAAGCUCGUACAUCUAUUCACUAUGCCCAACCUGCUGUGCUAUUAUUUCGAUUAUUUCAAUCAGAAGGAUUUCAUUAGAACUUCUUAUAAGAGCAAUGCAUUAAUAUCGGGUGUGUUCAAGUGGAUUCUGGUCGUGAUUAUCGUGUGCAUUUGUACCCGAAAUCAGCGUAUUUCCAAAAUAGGAAAAGAGUCUCCGGCUCCGGUGAUGUGCUCGGGGAAUUUACUAGACCAAAGGGAUCACCACUACGCCAAAGAAGCUGAUGGAUCGUACGACAACAGUCGAAUGAUAUCCAAAUUGGGAUCUUGCCACCUGAUGCCUUACACUUUUAAUCAAACCGGAAUCCUUCUAAUAAUCUGAACUUCAUCAAGAGACCCAAUAAAAAUUUGCAUUUUGCAUUCAUAGGCGAUUCCAGAAUUCGACAACAAUUUUUUAACUUGCUCAAGGUAAUAAUAGACAGUAGCUAGGCUAUACGAUAAUAUGUGCGGCUGUGGAUGGGCAAUAUUUUUAAAAAUAUAGGUUCAAUCCUACUUAAUUAUUGUGCAAUCUUUAAAUUAUUUAUAUUAAUUAGUUGAUUCCAGACUACGACCGGAAAUCAGAACCGAGCCCACUCCCAUUUGUUUAUCACGGUGAUAUGGAAGUUACUAGUGAGAUAAUGAGACUACGCUUAUCCUUUCAAUGGCGACCUCUAAUUAAUGACAGUGUUACCGAUACGAUACGUCAGUGGGCAACUUAUAGUCAAACUGAUCGACCAGACUUGAUUAUUCUAGGUGAAAUUUAAGAAUGGGGUAGUCCGGGGUAGUCGUGAGCUCUAUCUGAAUGACUGUCACACUAAUUUUGAUGAUCGUACAGUAUAUCGUUAAUGAUGCCAGCAUUCAUAUAAAUUAUAACCGGAUUUAACAUUAACAGCAGUUUUUUUUAAAUCAAUUUCUCAUACACAGGUAUUGCCAUGUGGCAUAUGUUUUCAACGCCGAAAGAAGACGACCAUCAACUUUAUCGGAAACAACUGAAGCGACUCGCUCCGUUCCUCGGCCAGUUGGCGAAUGUCAGCAAAGUUAUUUGGCUCAACCAAUACCCAGUCGUGGAAAAGUAUGGUGACAUUGGCGCUAUGAACACGGAGGUUUUUUCGGAAAAGAUCGAUCACUAUAAUGAUGCCGUUCGGUCUGAACUUCAGAAUUAUCCAGAAAUGCGAAUCUUGUGGGAUUCAAGUAAUUCAUUAGUUGAGGAAUACAUCCGCGGAUGUGUUGUCUUUCAACAGCGCCUGCAACUUGGAGUGUACCUGGUCACAGAUCCAGACUAUUCCUAUAUUAACUGCAAUGAUUGCAGACACCCAGGGUACUCGGCCCUGUCGCAAGCCACUCAACUUCUUUUAAAUGACCUUUGCAACGGCCAACAUUUAAAUUUCCCCCUUAAAUAAUAUCGGCAUUCACAUUUUGAUACCUUUUCCCUUUCACAUAUUAGGCUUGUGAACGCUACUACCCAUGGCAAGUGAAUACUCCGAACUUUAUCAAAUCCACCCAGAAGCACAUCAUACCCAUUGGCAACUAUUCCAAGGACUGGGGCAAAAGACAGAGACAGGACUAUCGAAAAAACCUUCAAAAGUGAAGCAAACCAGCAGCAAUAUCAAAGUCACGUUUAAAUGCAAUUGCAAUCGAACGCUAACAAAAUUUGCCAACGAAUCAAAUUCGACAGUGCCACCUGGCGGUUUCCGGUGGUGCAGUGCGGAAUCAUCCGCUCGCGGAGCACACCAGAAAGUCAUAGCGUAUUCGUUGUUUGGUACCGGAACUAAAGAAAAUGUGUCGGCAGUGUCUAAUCGCUACGACUCGCUGUUAAGAAAAAUUUUGAUUGCGGCGGAGAAAUUGUAUUCCGGCUGGAUCGUCCGGAUUUAUCACAAUUUUCACAGUGAAAACGACCCAGGAAAUAUUGUUUCCAAACAGUUGUGCGAAUUGCACUGUCAGUUCAACCACCUCGACCUGUGCAGUGUUACAGAUAUCAUAGGGAACAUCCCAGCACUGACACCCAUCGAUCCAGCUCUCCUUCGAGGACUCAACGGAAGGAUGUUCCGCUUUUUGGUUAUGCUCGAUCCCAAUGUCGACGUUUUCAUUUCAAGGGACACAGACAGUGUCAUCUUGCAGAGAGAAGUCGACGCUGUUGACGAAUGGCUCCGCUCCAACUACACCUUUCAUCUGAUGAGGGAUCACAAGAAUCACACGGCAAUUAUUUUGGCAGGAAUGUGGGGAGUUAAACUUCACCAACGCAGAGAUCUCAUUGAAGGUUUGACAAGAGCUAUGAUACUGGCCGGCCAAGAUCAGGUAAAAAGUACAGACCAAACGUUGUUGGAUAAGAUCGUAUGGCCUGCAGCCCAGUAUGAUGUGAUGGCUCAUGACAGCUACCAUUGCCAAAGAAAUGAACUAAAAAAGAAGUCUCCGCUAAAAGUCUUACCGUUCCCCACAAUGCGCAAUGGCAGUUACUUCGUCGGUGGUGUCGGUGAAAAUUCUAAUGAAAUCCCAUCAAAAUGUCCAGUAACAUGUCGACCACCAGAUCACAAGGACUGGGAAUACUGUUGAUAUGUUGAUAUCUAUUAAGUCAAAAUCUGUUCGAAAAUACAAUGAAAGUUGCCCAU